ACACUCGUUUAUAGCCUUUGCUCGAAACAGCCGCUCUCGACCAGAGAGUCGAGUGUUAUGAGUUAUUGCCCCUGGCUUACAAAUGGGACCAAUUUUUUCUACCCUAGGAGCGUUCCCGCGCGAUCGCCACUCGCGUAAUGUUCCGCGGUGACUGGUGGAAGCUUCCGGAGGGCAGACGUCAUGUCUACACGAAAGAAGAACAGCAGAAAGCUGAAAAGCUCCUGGACAUGAUCUUCGGCGACUAUCAGGACCUCGACGAAGACGACGGUUUCGUAUCGAUACGCCAACGAACGGAUUCGGUCUCUUCGACCGGAUCCAUCGAAACUAUAUCGAGUUUGAAUUAUCCCUCCUCGAACAGCGUCGCGUCGAGGCAACUCGAAAUGACUCUAGCUUCUCUGAGUCCAGCGGGGAGCGACUCGCCUCCGUCUUCCCGGAUCUCAAUAGACCGCACAGCGCUUUCUAAAAUCCGUAACCAGCUAUCGUCGUGCUUGGAGAAAAUGCGCGACCUUGAACUACAACUCAAAGACGUCCCGGUACUUCAGGUCAAAUUGUCGGUUCUCAAGGAGGAGAAACGCCUACUGAAACUUCAGUUGAGAGCCAAGAACCGCGGUGACGAUUCCGCAGUGACGGGAUCCCCUUCAAUUUCGUCGAUACUGGAUAUAACUUCUGCUGGCGAAUCUCAUACCGGAGAUGAGACUCUAAACCAGUUGAGAAUCCCAUCACUUCUCCAAAUCAAAACGCUUACGCCACCCCGUGAGCCGCCUCGCGUGCCUCCGAUUCAUUCAGAAGAGUCUAUACCCAGACUUGCUCCUUUGCGAUCUUCGUCGCCGACCCUUUCGCGGGGCAGAAGAUCGGCGGCGGACAACGAAUCGUCCGCAAUUUUAUUGAAAGACGAGUUAUGGGACGAAGCCACCGGCCAACCGCGCUACAAGACAGAAGGCGAUUCUUCGCAAGAUAUCGCCGACUAUCUCAAAGACGCUUCGGUCAACGAGCCCUUGAUUAUCCCCAAAUUCUAUAAUCAUACCGGGAUCAACUGCUGUGCCGAAACCCGAGAUCGAGGUACCCACACCGACAUGGUCCACACACGUCACGCGGGAGUGGGAUCCUCAUCUCCUUUGCCGCCCCCCUUACGCGAAGUGUCUGAGAAAAAGCACCUGUGUGAUCAAUGCAAUGAAAGUUUAUUAAGACCCAAGCGCUACCCGAGAACAUCGGCGACUCAGACAACCCCUGAGAAAGCGAAGGACUGUUCGGACUGCUCAGAAAGACGUAAACGCUCGCUAAGAUCGACUUCCGUCAACACGGAUUCUGAGGAGCCACCUAAGAAAACACCAAAAGAAACAUUCACUUUUGACGUGUUGGAUGGAACUUCAAUCCUUCCGAAGCCUUGUGAAGAAUGCGAAAAGCGAAAGCUGACGCGAUCGUAUUCGGUCAGCACGUCAACAGUGCCUUCGUCAACCCGUAAUCAGUCCACGGAUCCCAUGGCCGAAUCCCCGUCGAUGUCCAGAAAAACUGCUCCGUCACCUCCCCCGAAACCGAAGAAUUUCACCAGGAGCGUCGGUGUCCAGAGUUCGUAUGCCGUCACAAUCUCGCAAAGCGUCCAGGUCAAUCCGGAACUAGUCCGCACACGGGACUCUUCGUGUCAAAGCGAUUCUCGGCUGAGCCAGCGUCAAGUCGGAACUCAGAGUGAACGGCUCCAGACGAAUACGAAUUCCGUAGCCAGCGGAGAUUUCGAUGUUCGGCACUCGGUCUGUGAUAGCUGUUCCAGCAAACGGUUACGCAGCGUGGGAACCGGUGAAAUAACGAUAUACGACGAGUGCUGCAAUCGUUGUGGCGUCAAAAACAAGAGGGAUGGCGGUGUCCAGUGCAAUAUAUUGACGGAAAGCAACGUUCAGAGUUCGAAGGAACCUCUCGAGACAUGCGAUAAAUACGUCCUCACCGACGACCCGUACUGCGAGGAUAUCACUGAGGGGGCGAUCGAGAAAUUAGGUGUUCUGAUUUUCCGCGCGUCGGUCCGCCUCGUGACAUAUUUUCUGCUCAUACCGCCGUGCUUGACGCUCAAUUGUUUUCAUUUCGUUCUCAAGCUCAUCGCGAUCCCGUGCGAGCGCUGCGAUGUGGAGCGCAUAGAUUGCGGCAUGGGAGACGAGGACGUUUUCGCGGAAAAGGAAACGCCGAGGAAAGCAACCGAAGAGGUCGGAGUCAUGACCGAUCAUUCCAUCAUAGAACCUCUGUGUUUCCCGCCGCAAGCGUCCGGAACCUCAGCCGGUGCGGCUUUGUCCAGGACCUCAUCGGCCUCGUCAGUGAGUCAUAUUACCGGAGCCGUUCGUCUCUGCGACAAAUGCAACUGUGCGAUAGAGAGCGUUGCGAAGGACUUCAUCGACAAGAACGAACACGACCCCAUCGUGCCGAGCCUGCAGAGUCGAAUCCCUAAGCUCAACCAACGGGGACCGCGAGCUCCGCCUCGCAGGGCGAAACCCGCAGCUUUUGACAGCGUCACCAAGUCGUUGAGGCGCGACGUUAGCGUAGACGACCAACAAAUUCUCGCGCAGAAUCAAAGUCUCCCCGAACCCGCGGAAAGGACAGGCGGAAAGCACACCCUGAGCCGAGACAUGGACAUCGCAUGCAACAUCCUCAACGAGUAUCUCCAACGACCUGAAAACAGCGAUCCGAACAAAUUGAAAUCAGCGUUGCAGACCAUUCAGACUGAAUGGUUCAAAGUGACAAAUCGCGUCGACAUCGAUCCCUAUCAGAUUCAAGACUAUCUGGAAGAAUUCGAUAAGAUGUCCAAUCACCUGCUGCAUCGCAUCGUCAACAUGGCGGACAACAAUGGCAAUACUGCGCUUCAUUAUGCCGUAUCGCAUGGCAAUUUCUCCGUGGUGACCAGACUUCUCGACUCAAAAGUGACGGAUGUCAACAAGCAGAACAAAGCCGGGUACACGCCUGUCAUGCUUGUCGCACUCGCCGACGUCGACAAUGACUCCCACAAAGUGACAGUUCAAAGACUGUUUGCCACUGGUGACGUCAAUUCGAAGGCUUCUCAGAAUGGACAGACUGCACUGAUGUUAGCUGCCUCGCACGGCAAGGGUGAAAUGGUCAAAAUGCUGCUUGACGCCGAUGCGGAUCCGAAUACGCAGGACAACGACGGAUCCACUGCGUUGAUGUGCGCCGCCGAACACGGAUACAUCGAUGUAGUUCGGAUACUUUUGGCCAAUCCCGACGUCGAAAUCAACAUCGCUGAUAAUGACGGCCAAACCGCUCUGUCUAUCGCCAUGGAAGCUGGUCACAAAGACACGGCGCUGCUAAUCUACGCCAGUUCGAACUUCUCUCGAGGAAAUUCACCCUACUCGUCUCUUCGUGGACGAAAGUCUCGAAUCUCACCUCGAGCGACGCCUCCGCCAUCCAGACCCUCCAGAACUCCUCCACCGAGUCGACCAUCUCGAACUCCACCGCCGCCGUCACCCUCCAGAUCGCGGAAAGGAUCGACGUCGUCUGUGUCGAGUUUCAGUAGAGCAUGGUUCUAGGGAGGUUCUGGCUCAGAGUUGGGAAUCCGUGGACGAUACCUAGAGUAUAGAUAGUCAUUUUUCGAAUGAAAUCAAUCACCGUUAUGUCUACGAUGGAUUUGUGGAUCGCCAGAACGGAUCGUCUGAAAGAAAACGAUUCGCAUUCCCAAACAAAUCAUUGUUAACAUUCAUUGAUUGGAACUCCAUCGGGACUUCGAGAAUGUCGUUGAUUAUACAAUUCAUAUCAGCUACCCCGAAUGAGCUUGAGUUGAGCAUAACCUUUAGCAGAAGGCUUCUUCAACAACCUUGAUUGACUCACCGGAGCGAGUUGUCUCGGACGUGCCAGUGUCAAAAUGACUGUCGAUUUCAAAUGAAUAACGCGUACGCUGAAUAAACCGAGGUUAACGGAG